CCCUUAUAUAAAACCUGAGAUGCCACAAAAUCUUGUUAUUCAUAAAAAUCAUCACUUUCUUCAGUCUUCUUGGCAAUGCAAAACAACUCUUCAUCUUCCACCACCAUUAGUAACAUGUGUGCCCUUUUUCAUGAUCCAAACAAUGCCUUAUCCAUCAAUCUUCAUCCCUCAAGUAAUUCCUCAGUUUUAAAUCCCAAAACCAUUUCCCCUUUUAACAAGAAGAGGAAAUCCAAUUCUGCUCACUCCAAGGAUAUGAGAGAACUAGUGAGAGGGAAGAAGCAGAAGAAAUGUGAGGAUAAGAAAGAAGGUGAAGAAGAAAAAGGUUAUAUUCAUGUAAGAGCAAGGAGGGGCCAAGCAACUGAUAGGCACAGUCUUGCUGAGAGGUUGCGGAGGGAGAAAAUAAGUGAGAGAAUGAAGCUACUACAAACUCUUGUUCCUGGUUGUGACAAGGUUACUGGAAAGGCCCCCAUGUUGGAUGAAAUUAUAAACUAUGUCCAAUCACUCCAAAACCAAGUUGAGUUUCUUUCAAUGAAGCUUGCAUCUGUGAAUCCCAUCUUCUAUGAUUUUGGUAUGGACUUGGAACCAUUCAUGGUAGGACCUGAUUAUCAGAAUUUUAAUAGCUUGGCAUCACCGUUGCCUGCAGGCAUGCAUCAAUGCAGCCCCACAACAGCCAAUUCCUAUCUAGUCUUAGAUAAUUCUUCUCUCUUACACCAAUCCCAGAUUCCAAAUGCUUUAUCCCAGGGUGAUAGACAGGUUUUGUGGGAAGUGGAUGAUCAAAGACAGAGAAUUAAUAAUCAGUCAGAAUCUACCAACAACUUGUUUUCAUUCCCAUUGAUGUAAUUAUGUAAAAACCCAACAUCAUCUGUCCUACUACAACCACCUGAUGGUCUUGGUCAAACAAAAAGGAGCAACGGAUUUAAUUAAAGGCUGUUUAUUCUUGUCUGCGGUAUCAAAAACUCGAAAUCUUGGAGGCAGUAAUCAUUGGAACCGACCAAAUAUCAGCAAAUCUUUCACUUUUGAGAUCCUUUGUUUCCAACAUAAUUUCUGCACCCAUAAUCAAGGUUGCGGUGGUUAGAAUUUUAGGUAGUGAUAGUGGUCAAGAAUUUGUAGUAUAGCAGGAAUAGUAAUUGUAUGUGGUAAUUAACAAUCAGUUGGUUGUUAAUUAGUUAGUGCACUUAUUAUGUUUCGAAUA